GCACGCCUGCGGUCACAACCUCGUCGCCACGUCGUCUCUGGCCGCCUUUCUGGGAGCUGCUCGCGCAUUGGUAGACCUGAAGAUCACAGGGCGUGUGCGCAUUCUUGGUACGCCGGCGGAAGAAGGGGGCGGAGGUAAGGUGAAGCUCAUCGAAGCCGGCGCCUUCAGCCCCCCAGAGGAUAUUGCGGGAGCCUUCAUGAUACACCCAAUGUCCAAGGAGUCGCUCGAUUUAGGGGACUUCUCCGGACUCGCGGGAUGGAGACUGAUUGCGAGCCAAAAGCUCCGUGUCGAGUUCAAAGGCAAAACGGCGCAUGCGGCCGGGGAUCCGUGGAAUGGUCGUAACGCGCUAGACGCAGCCGUUGCAGCCUACAAUCAUGUGGCAUUGCUACGGCAGCAAAUCGAACCGGACGCACGCAUCCACGGCGUUUUCGAGGACGGCGGCGCUGCACCGAACGUCAUCCCAGAAUACACGCGAAUGAGCUGGUGCAUUCGAAGUUCAACAACGAAGCGAUCCAACGACCUAUUAGAUCGUGUCAAGAAAUGCUUCGAGGCUGGUGCCGCGGCUGCGGGAUGCUCUAUCAACUACAUCCCGUCUCCCACAUAUAUGGACCUCCGUGUAAACGAUACACUCAGUGAAACGUAUGUCAAAGAAAUGGCCGCGGUGGGCGAGACUAUCAUGCCUCGGGAGGCUCAACCGAAAGCAUUUGGCUCGACGGAUAUGGGCAAUGUAUCCUAUGUGGUGCCCAGCUUCCACGGCGCUUUUGCCAUCCCGGUAUCUUCGGGCGUCGCUUGCCAUAAUCCAGAUUUCGCGACAGCGGCUGCAACCGAGGAAGCUCAUACCAUUGCAAUCAAAUCGGCCAAAGGGUUAGCCAUGCUAGCUAUUCGAGUCCUGGUUGAAGAUAAAAUUGCUCUGGCCGCGAGGAAGGACUUUCAAGCCAGUUAAGUGUGUAUAUACUCCGCUCACCAGUACGAUCGCAACGUAGCCUACUACUAAAGCUUCCUAAGCUCUACAAUUGCAUUACAGUGCAAG